UACUAUGAGCAGAGCUAAUAAGAAAUCUCUGUUCUAGUCCAAUGUAAACUCUUGUGCCUGGCUUCCUGUCGUGAGCAGAGCUGUACAGAAACAUCUGCCGUACUGUAAGCCACCAGAAAAUCCUGUGGUUUUUCUGACGUGUGAAGAACUGUACAGAAACCUUUACUGCCAUCAGAAAAAUGUGUGGUGUCCGCACAAGAAAGAAUCUCAUUAAAGAAACAAGACUUACAUAAUUUAUUUUACUGCAAGUCAUAAGCAAGUCUUGUGGCAGCCUGCCCUAUCGAGUGCAGAACUAUUCAGAAACAUCCACUGCUGUAAGCCGCCAGAUCAUCCUGUGGCAUUCUGUCGUGUGCAGUACUAUACUGAAACCUUUACUGCCAUCUGUGAUUUCCUCACAAGAAAGAAUCUCAUUACAGAAACAAGACUUCCACAUUUGGGAUAAAAAGAAAAAAAAACAAAGGUUUUUCGUGGUUUUUUUAAAGUCAAAGCUUUCACGUCAAUCGCCCACAAUGAAUUCUACACUGAAACUGAACAACAUAACACAAACACUAAAUGUUGCUAUUAAGACAACCCUUUUCGACAAGUACACCGAAUACCCGGACGCCUAUGACAUCGAGAGGGUGUGGUACUACCUAGUGGGCGUGGCUGGGACUGUGGUCGGGGCGAUGGGCGUGGUCUUCAACGGUCUCAGCCUUGGAGUGUGGACCAGUAGCGAGAUGAGAACAAAUUCAGGUCUGUACAUGAUAAUGCUCGCAGUGUAUGACAUGACCUUCCUCCUGCUCAACACGACGUUCGUCAGCGCAGAAUACUUCUAUUUCGGACUCACGG